AUUCAGUCUGACUAAACACACUCAGGCCGCCCAGUCGUAGUAGCAAUAGUAUUUCAAACAGAAAACAAAUUAGCAAUGUCUCGGGGGCAGUGGGAUUAACAAGUGCUCUUUUUUUUAAAUGCUUUGGAGACGGUCAUGUGAUUGUAACGUAACCCGACCGGAAAACACCGACCAUCGCCGCCAAUGCUGCGUUUAGAGGAACUAGAGCAGCUGCAAGCUCAACGGACAAGUCCCCGGUAACAAACAACAACAACGCACAAAAACUAGAAGAGCUACACGGAGAACACGGUGAAGCAUGGAGCUGGCCAACCAUGGUCUCAUCCUCCUACAGCAGCUGAAUGCUCAGAGGGAGUUUGGGUUCCUAUGUGACUGCACCGUGGCUAUCGGUGAUGUCUUCUUCAAGGCACACAAAUCUGUUCUUGCUGCCUUCUCCAACUACUUCAGAAUGCUCUUCAUUCACCAGGACAGAGAUUGUGUCCGAUUAAAGCCAGCAGACAUACAGCCUGAUAUCUUUAGCUACCUCCUGAAUCUGAUGUACACAGGGAAGCUGGCUCCGCAGCUCAUUGACCCAGUCCGACUGGAGCAGGGUGUGAAAUUUCUGCAUGCCUAUCCACUGUUACAAGAGGCCAGCCUGGCUGGACAAGGUGUAUUUCCACACCCUGAACAGCUUUUUCCAUUGGCCACUUCCCUUUAUGGCAUUCAGAUUGCAGAUCAACAGGCUGGCCUUCCCAGUAGACUAAGUGCGCCUAAAGCACUUUCCUCCACCUUUGACCAGGAACAGCUUUUGGAGGGUAACCAGCUUGUCUCUGAAUCCCGACAAGUCCAGUCCAUUCAGGAAGCAGAUGCUUCUCAUGCUAAUCCUUCCACAGCAGAGAUGCAGAGCUUGGAUGUACCUGCUGUCGACGAAAAUCCUGCUGCAAACACGAUUCUCCAUGUCAAGCCCAGUAUUAUGAAGAGAAACUCCUCUUUUCGCAAACAUUAUUCAUGCCAUCUUUGCAGCAGCCGUUUCAACCAGCGGAGCACCCUGCGGGAACACCUUCUGCUUCACUCUCAGAUGUUGUUUCCAUCAGCGACCAGCCUAGCCGAGGCAAGCUUGUCCCCGAUGCUGUGCAACAGCGCUCCAGAACCAGCCAGGGAGCCAGAGGACACCCCCAAGGGAGGAGGUGACAUCAUUAGUGACGGGGAGUUUCAGCGGGCCACUGAAUCCCCAAGAAUGGAGAGUCUGCAGCCCCAGGCAGAGACGCCACCUCCCUCGGACAUUGCAGACAUAGACAACCUGGAGAGCAUGGACCUGGAGCGAGAGGUCAAGAGGCGAAAAUAUGAAUGCUCCACAUGUGGCCGCAAGUUUAUUCAGAAGAGCCACUGGCGGGAGCACAUGUACAUUCACACUGGCAAACCUUACAAGUGCAGCGCCUGCGGCAAAAGCUUCUGCCGGGCAAACCAAGCUGCCAGACAUGUGUGCCUUAACCAGAGCGCUGAAUCAUAUACAGUGGUAGACAAGCAUAGCAUGGAACUCUGUUCCAAUGAAGAAGGCAGCCAAAUGGAUGCCAUAUUCCUCCCGUCCAGUAGGCCAUACAAGUGUAACGUAUGUGACAUGACGUUCGUCAGCCCCAACGAGGUUAUCAAGCAUCUGUGCUUUGCCCAAAACGCUCAGGUUUUCUCAAUGUUGGAUAACCAGCCGACACUGCAAAAUGAAGAGCCUCCUAAAGACGAGGGUUCAGAUUCUGGACAUGUAAUUACAUCUAUCAAAACGGAGGACAUUUUAGUAGACUAAUAAUGGGGUAUUUUUAUAUUUGUGUAUAAAUUUAUAUGUGUUCUUUUUUAUAUAUUAAUUGUGGUGUUCGCAUACAAUAAUCUAAGCAGUUAGCAACACGCAUUGUGGGUUUGUGUCGGCAUAUAUCAUGGGUGUUUCUCAGUGUUCUUCUAUGGGGAAAAAUGUAGGCUUCAUUUAGGCUAUGUGACACCU